AUGGCCCCGAAGAAAGGGCCGAAGCAAGUGGUGGGCAGAAAAAGGGCCAGAGGCGAGAGGAAGCGGAAACGGAAGGAGAGCUACGGCCGCUACGUCCACCGGGUGUUGAAGCAGAUCCACCCCGAGAUGAGCAUCUCCUCCAAGACCAUGUGCAUCCUGGACUCGUUCGUCAGCGACAUCUUCGAGCGCCUCGCCUGCGAGGCUUCCCGCCUGGUCCGCUACAGCAAGCGGCAGACCUUGUGCUCCCAGGAGAUCCAGACCGCCGUCCGCCUCCUGCUGCCGGGGGACCUGGCCAAACACGCUGUCUCCGAGGGGACCAAGGCGGUCACCAAGUACAACAGUUGCAAAUGA